AUGACGGAUGACAAGGGAGAGGUAACUGACUUUUCAUUCUUAUGGUAUAGAGAAAAGAGUGCUUUGAAAAUUGGCGAUGUUAAUCGAUAUAUUGUAACAUAUGCUAAUAUUGAUUCGCCGGUAAAAGAAAUUUACUUAAGAUUGAAGAACAUAGAGCGGUCAAGUAUCAGAGCAAUUCAGUUCCUCAAUGGCCCUUUUACUUUAUAUUGCCAUGUUGUUCCUCAUGGGUUUAACUACAAACAGAGAUUCAGAGCUGAUGAUCCAGCUACGAACAAAGAAGUUGUCUUUGAGAAUCAAAUUCAACCGGGCCAGACUUUUAAUGUCAAAUUACUCUUAAACGAAAAUUCACUUAAAGAAACAACGGAUGGCGGCAUAAACAUUCAUUCGUGGGAAAUAGAUAUAAUUUCUCAGAUAGUGCUCAACAGAAGAGGAAAAAUUAUAUAUGAUUUGAUGAUAGGUUGUGAUUUUAAAAGAAUGAAAAAAAUAAAUCACGGUUUGUUUCUGACUAUAAAUGUCUCAGCUUUGGAGAACUUAAAUAUUGAUAUAAAUAUGAUAUACGGUGAAUCAACUAAUCCAAAUAUGAUGGUGAAAAGAAAGACUAAGGAGGAUCUAUGGGAUCUGACUCCAAGAGAUCCUGAUAAACCUGUUCAUUUAAUUAUCUUAACUCACGGAAUUUUUUCGAAUGUUACAGCAGAUAUGUUAUACAUGAAGGAUCAAUUGGAGCAAACAGUUGAUGAAAAUAUUUUGGUAAAAGGGUACGAAGGAAAUGUAGGAAAGUCAGAAAAAGGUAUUAAGAAGCUCGGGACAAAUUUGGGUAACUAUUUGAUAAGUCUUAUCGAAGAACUUAGCAAUAAGUACACGGUAGACAAAAUCUCGUUCAUUGGUCAUUCAUUGGGAGGUGUGACACAGUUGUACGCAAUGAAAUACAUCUUGAUGACAGAGGGUACAGACUACUUCAAAAGACACAAUAUCCAGCCCAUAAACUUGGUCACGAUGACUAGCCCAUUAUUAGGUGUUUUAAGUGAAAUGAGUUUCUGGAUAUCUUGGUUCUUGGAUUUAGGGACUUUAGGUCGCACUGGAAGAGACUUGACAUUGCUGAAAAAAGUUCCAAAUAUUAAAGAUUGGAAGGAUUCCGCGUCCCACAAACUGGACUCCUUCAAACCCGUACUCGAGCUGCUUCCUGAUGAACCAUUGCAAUCUUUCUUAGCUCAAUUCGAAAAGUUAACUCUAUAUGCGAAUGCAAUAAAUGAUGGUAUUGUUCCUCUCAGAACUAGUGCAUUGUUAUAUUUAGAUUAUGAAGCUUUAGAGGAAGUGUAUCAGAUCAAAGAGAGCAAAGAUCAUAAAUUGCGGAAUAUGCCUAAUCAAGAACUGAAUAGUGACCACCCUCAUCUGAUUGAGACUAAUAGUAGCAGUAAUACGGUUGGCGAAAUACCGAUGGAUGAAGCUGAAAAGGAUAGUAAUAAUAAAAUUGGAAGAAGGCUCGAAAACUUUUUGUCGUUAAAUUUCAACAAUGAUAACUCCAACAAGCGACAUCGCAUCCGUCGAAACUACCCAAAGUUUACAAAACUCAGCCAAAAUAGAAAGCGGCGGUUUAUGCUAAUCAAUGCAAAAGGAUCAGACUCCCUAGAUUCGGAUAGUGGGUCUACUACAGGCGAACUGGAAAAGCUGCCUCUGGAUAAAGGUAACAACGAUGAUGUAUCAAAUGGAGGUUACCAAGGCCCAAUGUCUGUUCCUACUAAGGCCUCGGCUGUCGAGUCUGCGAUUAGUACUUUGAUUUGUCCAAUUCCAUCUUCGAGAUAUAUAUUCAAUCCAGCUACUCGUGAUCCUGUCAUCUUUCACGAUAAGUAUUACCACUUCAAAAAUUUACCUAUACAUGAAGACCUAGAAGCGAGCAAGAAAAAGAAGGCAGGAAAUGCUUUGUUCAACUACAGCGACUGGAAAUUGAACAAACAACUCAAAAUAGUCAGAAAAUACCACACCCCACAAUUGAACUGGAGAAAAGUGCUAGUCAAUUUACCUCCUGAUGCUCACAACAACAUUAUAGUACGAAGAAGAUUUUCGAAUGGGUAUGGAUGGGGUGUUAUAGACCAUUUAUGUACGGAAUUGUUUUCAUCACACGAUACUAAUCGCCAGAUUAAAGCAAAAAUUUGA